ACUUUGCUACUUAAGCUCUUAGUGCCAUAAUAUCCUGCAAGACUCUACCUCCAAAUGGCUUUCAAAAAUGUCAAGUUGGGUCUAGCCCUGGUUCUUGUAGGCAUGCUUUGUUCUAAAGCCACAGCUCAGUCUGGUUGCACCAGUGUGCUCUUGGGGUUAGCCCCGUGUUUAAAUUACAUUGCAGGAAAUUCGACAACCCCAGCAUCAUCUUGCUGCUCUCAGCUUUCUAGCGUAGUUCAAUCACAGCCACAGUGUCUUUGCUCAGCACUCAGCGGUGGCGGCUCGUCACUGGGUAUUACCAUCAAUCAGACUCGAGCUCUGUCACUCCCUGGAGCUUGCAAUGUGCAAACACCCCCAGUUAGCAGGUGUAACGAUGCCAAUGGUCCAGCAGCUCCCCCUGUGAGCUCCGCAGUAAGUCCUCCAGCUGAUGGUUCGGAUGAGACACCUGACACUCCAGCUACAUCAUCAAUGCCAAGCAUUCCUUCAGGAACUGGGUCUAAAACUAUCCCUGCAACAGAAUACAGAAUAUCAAAUGGAAAUAUUAUGAAAAUGCCGCUUACUCUCACUCUGGUCACUCUGUUUAUGGCUUCAUACAUUUCUCUUAUCACCUUAUGUUGAUCAUUUUAUGAAAACUAGGAGCUUGUUUACCGACUAGGCUACUACUACUACCAAGCAGCAACGGUUCCCACUUAUUGUUGUUCAGGGUUGUAUUCCUACUUUGUGAUGUAUGCUUAAUGGAUAUAUAAGAGUACAUUGUUGUCUUCA